GUGACGUGCGCCUGCGCGGCCCGAGCGAGUUGAAGAAAGUGAAAGCGCGGAGGAGGGGAGAGAGAGAGAGAGAGGGAGAGAGAGGCCGAGCGCGCGAGGCGGCCCCGACCCACAGCCCCUCACCGCCCGCAUCAUGGAGUCGGAGAGGAACUCAAAUCAGACUUUAUCAGCACCGAAUGAUAGACUUAACUCUGUGGACGAAAGUGACUUUGAGAAGCCUGGGUGUGAAAACACUGAAGCCACAGUUAAUUCACGUAUUAAAGAUGCAUUGAUGCCAAAUUCUUCUGAUGCAAGUGGAGUCUUUGCUACUGCCGCAGAAAUUGGAGUUACUGACACAAUUGGAGAAGCCACUGCGGAAACAGGAAUAGACUUGAUUGAAGCCUCAGCAUUGCAAGCGGGAUCGCCUGAAGGUUCUGCAUCAAUGGACACAGAAUCUCAACCCGAUAACUCGCCAAAUGAGAGACUAGCAGAGGAUCUAGAGAAAGCAGAACCAGCUGACUUGGAAAAUCAUUUACCUUCAGAGUAUGAAAAGUUUUGGAAAGUGGUUGAAGACAACCCUCAGGACUUCACCGGUUGGACUUACCUGUUACAAUACGUAGAACAAGAAAAUCACAUCUUGGCAGCCAGAAAAGCUUUUGAUAACUUUUUCUCUUACUACCCGUACUGUUAUGGUUAUUGGAAAAAGUAUGCUGAUUUCGAGAAGCGCCAUGGCAACAUGAAGCUGGCAGAAGAGGUAUACAGACGAGGACUGCAAGCAAUACCUCUCAGUGUUGAUCUGUGGCUUCACUAUAUCAGUUUCUUGAAAGAGACCUUGGAUAACAGCAAUGCAGAGACCGGUGCCAAAUUAAAAAGUGUGUUUGAGCACUCUGUGUUAGCUGCAGGGACGGACUUCCGCUCAGACAGACUGUGGGAAACGUACAUCAAUUGGCAAAAUGAAAGUGGAAACCUGGUGGAGGUGACUGCAAUUUACGAUCGGAUUCUUGGUAUUCCAACCCAGCUUUACAGUCACCAUUUCCAAAGGUUCAAAGACCAUGUUCAAAAUCAUUUACCUAAAGAUAUAAUCUGCACUGAGGAUUUCAUGAAACUACGCAGAGAACUAGUAGUCAAAAAUAGCCACUUUGACAAUGAUGGACCUCCAGGGGAUGACGUGGAACCUGGAAUUGAUUUAAAUGAUCCUGCACAGAUUGUUUCUGAAAUCGAGAACAUGCGUCACCGAAUAAUCGAAAUUCGCCAGGAGACGCAUAAUCACAAUGAGAAUGAGGUUAGCAGGCGAUGGACAUUUGAGGAAGGGAUUAAACGACCUUACUUCCAUGUCAAGCCAUUGGAAAAAGCACAGCUAAAAAACUGGAAAGAUUAUCUUGAUUUUGAGAUAGAAAAUGGAACCCUUGAGCGUGUGGUUGUUCUGUUUGAGAGAUGUCUUGUGGCCUGUGCCCUUUAUGAAGACUUCUGGAUAAAGUAUGCAAAGUACAUGGAAAACCACAGUAAUGAAGGUGUGCGGCAUGUUUAUAGCAGAGCCUGCACAGUUCACCUCUGCAAGAAACCCAUGGUACAUUUACUUUGGGCAGCUUUUGAGGAACAACAAGGGAACAUCAAUGAAGCAAGAAGAAUUCUCAGAUCAUUGGAAGAAUCUGUGCCAGGUUUGGCCAUGGUCCGCUUAAGGCGGGUGAGCUUAGAGCGUCGUCAUGGAAAUAUAGAUGAAGCUGGCUUUCUGCUACAAGAUGCUAUUAAAAAUAGCAAAACCCCUAGUGAAGCUUCUUUCUAUGCUGUGAAGUUGGCUCGCCUUUUAUUCAAAGUGGAAAAGAGUCUUUCAAAAGCCAGGAAGGUUCUGGUUGAAGCAAUUGAGCGUGAUAAGGAAAGUACUAAACUAUAUCUGAACUUGUUGGAACUAGAAUACAGUGCAGAACUGAAACUCAAUGAGGAAAAUAUUCUGAAUUGUUUUGAUAAAGCUGUAAGCAGCUCAAUGCCUAUUGAAACCAGGAUAGCUUUCUCUCAGAGAAAAGUUGAAUUUUUGGAGGACUUUGGAUCUGAGGUGAAAAGACUUAUGGUGGCUUAUGAUAAUCAUCAAAAGCUUCUUAAAGAGCAAGAAUCUUCUAAAAGGAAGGCAGAAAAUGGAUCAGAAGAGCCAGGGAAAAAGCACCGACCUGAUGAUGCAUCAUUGGCAUCUACCCAGAUGAUGGGUGGAGACUUGCAGGCUAAUCAGGCUGCAUACCACUACAAUGCUUGGUAUCAGUACAACUACCCAACACCCUGGAACUAUGGGCAGUAUUACCCACCUCCUCCUACCUAACUUUAUAAAAAUCAUUACAGGAUAGGUAUUCGCUCCAAAAGCAAGAAAUAUAAAAUACUUCAUUUUAAUAUCUACAGCUGUGGAAUUAUUUUGUCAAGGAAUCAAAAAAAACUUUAGGCAAAGUUGUUUUGGGGGGGAAGGGGAGUUUACCAUGAUAUAUUUGAAUGGUUUGUGUUUGAAUAAAUUUUAUGAAUUCUCAUAAUGACACCUUUUAGAAUGUGAAAUCUUUUUUAAUUUCUAUUCUCUUCAUACUUUUUGUUAAUAGAAAAAUUAAUUAAAAAAACUGCUGCAGCUGA